ACGAUUUAAAAGCAGGUUAUGAAUGGUAAGUGAUUUUGCAAGAUCUCAGCGUAUUAGGAAGCUGGCGCUUCUCUUGAAAACGUCUCUUUUAACGGAGUACAAAGAAGUAAAGUACAGCAACGAUGUUAAAAGAAAUAUCUAUAAUAUGUGCAACAGCUAUAGUUGCUUGUUGUGAAGAGGUAAUUUGGGAAAUUCCACUGGGAACACUAAAAGGAUUGAAACUUGCAACUGCUUAUCAAAACAAAACAUUUUAUAGUUUUAGAAGUAUUCCUUACGUCAAACCUGUUACUGGAAUUAACAAAUUUGAGCCAACUCAACCUAUAGAGAGAUGGCAAGGAGUACUUGAUGCUACGAAACCUACGAUAGAGUGCGUUUAUUUUUGUCCAGCGCGAAAGAUAUAUAUUGGAGAUGAAGACUGCUUGCAAAUGAACAUUUAUACUCCGCUAUUGGAUACAAACGCUGAAAAAGCAGUAUUACUUUGGAUUCAUGCUGGAGGAUUUAAUUAUCUUUCUGGCGAUGAUGGUGUUCUCGGACCAGAUUUUUUAAUAGAAAAGGAUAUUAUUUUAGUUUCAUUCAAUUACCGACUUGGACCGAUGGGAUUUUUGAACACUGGCGAUGUCAAUGCCCCUGGCAAUAUGGGAUUGAAAGAUCAAGUUAUGGCUUUGAAAUGGGUUCGACAGUAUAUUAAAUAUUUUGGAGGUGACCCGGAAAAAAUAACACUUGGAGGAAUGAAUUCUGGCGCAGCUUCUGUUCAAUUACACAUGAUGUCUCCGAUGUCAAGAGGAAUGUUCCGUGGCGGUUUGGAACAGAGUGGAACGUCUCUAAAUCCCUGGGUUAUUCAAUACAAACCAAGGGAAGUGGCAUUUCAAUUAGGAGAAGUUUUAGGUGUAAAACCCGCAGACUCCAAAGAACUCGUUGAUAAACUCAAAACGUUUUCGGCAAAAGAGUUGAUGGUCGCAGCUGAAGAAGUUUCCAAGUCACUUAGUUUUAUGAGCGGAAGCGUCCAUGCAUUUUUACCAUCAGUAGAAAUAGAUGUAGGGCAAGAAAUAUUUCUGCCCGCUGAUCCGUGGACUUUGAUAAAAGAAGGAAAAAUCGCCGACGUUCCUCUCAUAGCUGGAAUGAACUUGGACGAAGAAGCAACUAUGGCAGCAAGGCACAUCAAAGAUGCUGAUAUGAUGAACAAUCAUUUUGAAUAUUUUAUUCCUGUCGAUUUAAAUGUCACCGAUGCGGAAAGAAAGCAAUACAGCGAAAUGAUCAGAAACUUUUAUUUUGAUGGGCAAGCACUGACAACAGAAAGCCUUGAAGAAUUUACAAAGUUGUUGACCGACAUAACGUUUACGUAUGGGGUUCAUUAUUCGACUAAACUCAUAAGCCAAGUAAAUAGCUCACCUGUUUAUAAAUAUUUACUCACUCAUUAUUCACCUGUUGGUCCAUUAAAAAAUAUGUACAGCUCAGAAACAGGAGUUGCUCACGGAGAUGAAAUAAAAUACGUUUUUUAUUCUCAAAUGUUUAAUAACCUGCCACCAGCUGAUUCUGCGCAGGAGAAAAUUAUGCAUAUGUUUACAACUAUGUGGACCAACUUCGCUAAAACGGGGAACCCAACUACGUAUAAGGACGAGUAUGUGACCAUUGAUUGGCUUCCGAUCGGCACAGAAGAUAAUUACAUAGAAAUAGACGAAGAGCUCAAAAUAAAAAGUGGCUUUUAUCAAGAAAGAAUGCAUUUGUGGGCUAAAAUUUGCACAAAAGUUCUAGGAAGAUUUACCGACGUUUUCUAGUAAUUUUCAAAAUUUAAUGAUUGAAAUGUGAAUACAUCUAUCGCACGCACUGUUUUUAGGAAAAAAAUAAUGCAUACACUUAUUGUUAAAGAAUUCUAUGUACAUUAGUUUAUUAUGAUUCUGCCUAUGUAAUAAAAGAUAUGUUUUCAAAAAAUAA